AUAACUCAUAACAGAGCAACUCAAUCAAUGUGGAUGGAGAGUACAAUGGCUAUGCGUAGUUUCUUUAAUACUCGAAUAGGACAUUUUAAAGCAAAUGGUACUAAGCAUAAGUUUGUAGUUUGAUCGAAUUACUUUUAAAAAAUAUUUUUAAAGAUUUUUAAUUUAUGGGAAAGAAGGAAAAAGGAAAGCCUAAUCCAUUGGGUGAAGUUAGUAGAGAUUACACAAUCAAUCUCCAUAAGGCAGUUCAUAAAGAAACAUUUAAAAGAAAGGCACCUAGAGCAGUUAGUCACAUAGUCAGAUUUGGUAUUGUAAAAUGCACUAUUUAGCUUAAAAAAAUAUGUUAACUGAAGAUGUGAGAAUUGAUCCACAAUUGAAUGAAGCAGUUUGGGCAAGAGGAAUUCGUAAUUUACCAAGAAGAAUAAGAGUAAGAUUAUAAAGAAAGAAGAAGGAGGAAGAUGAUGGAAAAGGUAAGUAUUAUACACUUGCUUAAUAUGUUCCAGUCGAUUCCUUUGAUAACCUUAAGACUGAAAUUACAAAAUAAUGAUAUAUUUAAUGU